AUGGAUAAGAAGAAGAAGAAACUUUUCAAGUUCAAAAAGUGGUUUGAUGUUGUACAACCUGUCUUGGAGCAAGCCAGAAAGAGGGAAGAACGAGAGGAAGCUCAACGGCAAUGGGGAACCACUAAGCCUUUCAUUACAUCUUUGAAACGCAAGAGCGCGGUUCUGAAAAAAAGGCGCGUUGCUAAACAUUUGGAGCAGAAAUUUCAGAAGUUUACAGAACAAUCGUCUUCCUUAACAAACCCUCAUGCCAGCUUUCACUUCAGCUGGGGAAAAGAGGAAGGUUCGGAUGGACCCAGUAUGUAUAAGAAACGUUUGGACUGUACCCUUAAGAAAGACGGGUUCAAGUACCUCUGCAACCAAAAAUACUGGCAUCCUGAACUGAGAUUAUGCCCACGCAG